AUGAUAAAUGAGAACCCUUUCCCAGCCAGGCUACUUGCGGUCCUCCCGUCUGUGCUGCAAUGGCAGGAGAAGCCGCGCUAUGUCGUCCGAACAUAUCCCCAGGGCUUGCUUUUGUGGCCCCUGCUGGAGACAGGAGACAACAGGCUCGUGUUUCAGAAGCCCUUCAAGAAGCUGGUUUGGGGCUUCGUGUUUUCCUUGGAGAAGUGCAAGAUAAAGCUGCUGACACCCUGUGCUCCCAUGGAGGCCGUGCGAGGGCAAAAAGCAGGCAUUCAACUGGUGGGAGGAGCCUGGCAGCCUCUGCUGCAGAAUCUCAUGGACAGUGGCUUCAAAGGCAUGAAUGAGUCGCAGUUGAAGAAGCUGAAUUGUCUGUUGGGGCACGACGAGGCAGAAGCCCAGCAAGAGAACCAGGAAGUCGCGCUGGCUGUGCACUUGCUGGUGAACGAGGAUCCCACAUUGACUGUCCUGGAUAGAAUUGAAGUUCGCAACACAGAGCGUGAUUUCCCUGUGGAAGGCAUGACAGAAGAGCUGGCAGAUGUCAUCAAGGACACUCUUCGAGUCCAGGACCAGGAGAAGAUCAUCAACAACCUGAAGAAAAAGGCGCCUGCGCCGAGCAAGGUGGCCGAGUGGGCCAAGGUAAGCUAUCAGAAGUCCUACGACAAGAUUCCCAUGGAGAAGGUGCAAGCUGCUAUCUUGCAGAAGCAAAAAAAAUAA